UUUGAUGUUGCUUUCCUGGUUAUGGUUGGAGUAGGGUUUAGCUCCGGGUUUCCUGCACAACAGGAUCUAUCAGCUCCUGUAGUUUUCCAGGAGGGAAAUGUCCAACAGGUUAAACUUCCUACAGGACGGUUUCUAGUUGAAGAUAAUACUGAAGAUACUUCAUCUCCAAACUGUAAAUCUAUUCUGAGCCGUAGCCUUCCAGAAUGCCAGGAAAGUUCAAACAUUGGCAGGUUCGGAGAUAUUUGGGGAGAAAUAUCUGUUGAUGUUUCGUCCGGUCCCCUCAAGAUUGUUGAACCUGAAGACCGAAAGAAGAAAAGAAAAGAAAAAUUUAAAACAAUUUCUGCUUGAAACAUAAUAAAGAAUUUAGUGUUAAA